AUGGACAUCGUCUGGCCUGGCACUGGGCUGCUGCACGACAGCAGGCAGCCUCGGGCUGCCAUACGCUCACCCUCGCCCAUCCCGCCGCGGACGUCAUCAACGCAAUCGACCGCUGCUGGAGCUCUCUGGAGCGGCCCCGGGGCCAGCUUGCCGUCAGGGUCUGCGACUGCCGGCCCAGCCCACAAGCGCCAACGCAGCCGCAAAGCAUCAGCAGGGGCAACGAGCUUCCCCUUCAUGUCGACGGCCAUGUCCGCUCCUGCCCAACCGCCACCCGACCCGAAUCGCUUCGCGACCGAAGACUUCAUCCUCACCGCCCGGCGGCCAUGGUCAGAGGAGAAGGACAAGGUGCUGACGGGGCCCUUCGACUACCUCAACGGCCACCCGGGCAAGGAUUUCCGGUCCGCGCUGGUUAAGGCCUUUGACGCCUUCCUAGAAGUGGCCCCGGAGUCGCUCGAAGUCAUCACCAAGGUCGUCAGCAUGCUCCACACCGCGUCCCUCCUGGUCGACGACGUCGAAGACAACAGCCAGCUACGGCGGGGCUUCCCCGUCGCCCACGCCAUCUUCGGCAUCCCGCAGACGAUCAACUCGUCCAACUACGUCUACUUCUGCGCGCUGCAAGAGCUCCAGAAACUGAAAAAUCCCAAAGUCAUCUCCAUCUUCACCGAGGAGCUGCUCAACCUCCACCGCGGGCAGGGCAUGGACCUCUUCUGGCGGGACACGCUGACGUGCCCGACCGAGGACGACUACCUCGAGAUGGUGGGCAACAAGACGGGCGGGCUGUUCCGGCUGGGCAUCAAGCUGAUGCAGGCCGAGUCGCGCAGCCUGGUGGACUGCGUGCCGCUGGUCAACAUCAUCGGGCUGAUCUUCCAGAUCGCCGACGACUACCACAACCUCUUCUCCAAGCAGUACACGGCCAACAAGGGCAUGUGCGAGGACCUGACCGAGGGCAAGUUCAGCUUCCCCGUCAUCCACAGCAUACGGUCCAAUCCGGGCGACAUGCAGCUGCUGAACAUCCUGCGGCAAAAGACCGAGGAUGUCGAGGUCAAGCGGUAUGCGGUCGCGUAUAUGCAGAGUACCGGGAGCGUUGAGUACACCAAGAAAGUGUUGGCUGUGCUGAUCGAGCGGGCGAGGAGGAUGGCGGACGAGCUGGAUGAGGGAAGGGGGAGGGCGCAGGGGGUGCAUGGGAUAUUAGAUCGGAUGGUUGUCGAGGACUAG